UACCUGGUAAGCGAGGGUCGUUUCCUCGCCUGUCCUCCGCUUCCCCAAGUCUCCACCCGACCCUCUCCCUGCGCCCCCUCCCCGCCGCCCCUCUCCCUGCGCCGCCUCCAUCUCGUGCUCCGGCGCCCCUACCGUCCCCCCGCCUCUCGCGCACCUCCCUCUGCACCCGCCGCCUGCCAUCCCCUCCCCUGUCCCUGCUGUGCGCCGCCGCCCCCCCGAAUCGGGGCGCCCCAACCGCCGCGCCCGGAUCCGCGACGCCGACCCUGCCCUCCCCCCGACCGGAGCAGACUGGUUGUCAACGAACCCUGAUCCAUGGCAAAGCAAGCCUACGCAACUAGCAGCCUGGUGGUGGGCUACGCACUGUGCUCCAGCUUGCUGGCCAUCAUCAACAAGUACGCCAUCACCAAGUUCAGCUACCCUGGCCUCCUGACCGCCCUGCAGUACCUGACAUCGGUGGUCGGAGUAUGGGUACUCGGAAAGCUCGGCUUCCUUUACCAUGAUCCCUUCAACUUCCAGACUGCCAAGAAGUUUGCGCCUGCUGCGGUUGUCUUCUACCUUGCCAUCUUCACCAACACUCACCUCCUAAAGCACGCCAAUGUGGAUACCUUCAUAGUGUUCAGAUCCCUGACACCACUUCUGGUGGCUAUUGCCGACACCACUUUCCGGAAGCAGCCGUGUCCUUCCAAGCUCACAUUCAUGUCCCUGGUGAUUAUUCUGGGAGGCGCAGUUGGCUACGUGAUGACAGAUUCGGCGUUCACCCUCACUGCAUAUUCAUGGGCACUCGCCUAUCUGGUCACCAUAACUACUGAGAUGGUGUACAUCAAGCACAUGGUGACCAACUUGGGGCUGAAUACCUGGGGCUUUGUGCUCUACAACAAUCUGCUUUCGCUGCUAAUGGCACCGGUGUUUGGGCUUUUGACAGGGGAGCACUUGGCGGUAUUCAGAGCCAUUGAAUCAAGAGGGCAGAGCUGGUUUGAGCUUGAUGCCUUUGUGGCAGUUUCUUUGUCCUGUGUGUUUGGUCUGCUCAUCAGCUUCUUUGGGUUCGCUGCAAGGAAGGCGAUAUCUGCCACUGCGUUCACAGUGACAGGGGUGGUCAACAAGUUCCUUACGGUUGCGAUCAAUGUGAUGAUCUGGGACAAGCAUGCAAGCGCGUUUGGUUUGGUUUGCUUGCUCUUCACUCUCGCUGGUGGAGUGCUCUAUCAGCAGUCAGUUACAACAAAAGGGAAUUCUCCAGCACAGCGAGAGAUGGCAGCUAAGCAAGGUAGAGGAGAUGAUGACGCGAUUGAGUUGGAUGAGGAGAACCAAAGGCUGGUUUCAUCUCCAAAAGUUGUCUGAGGUCAUGAUGUAUCAGAAUAUGGGAUAAAUGCAGUAGCUGUUAACAAUGCAGUUGCAGUUGAUGGUGCUUGGUUUUGAUGUUGUCGAUAUUAUGUUUUGUCCUACGAAUUGCAAUGCUAUUGGAGAGUGAACUGGUAAGCUUUGGCACUGGCUCAGCUUUGGAUUCCUCAAGCGUAUGUAUUUAUCUCGAAAGGUUACUCAGAAUUUGCAUCUGGCUUUAGCGAUUUAACUAUUGCAUCAUAUACAGGAUGUUGUUGCACCUUCAUCUGAAUUCAGUUGUCAAGUGUCCGAUAUUUGUACAAAGUAUACAAAAUUGUACACUUCAUUGUUGCUGCAAUACUGCGUUAUGUUUGGAACCUGUCAAAA